GAUGAUGAUGAUGAUGAUGAUUACGAUGAUGAAGACGGUGACGAUGGCAACGAGGAUGAUGACGGUGAUGAUGAAUACGAUGAUGACGAUGAUAAUGAUGAUGAUGACGAACAUUACGAUGACGAUGAUGAUGAUGCUGAUGAUGAUGAUGAUGAUGCUGAUGCUGAUGAUGAUGAUGAUGAUUACGCUGAUGAAGAUGGUUACGACGACAAGGAGGAUGAUGGUGCUGAUGAUGAAUACGACGAUGAGGAUGAUGAUGAUCAUGGUGAUGAUGAUGACGUCGUCAACGAUGAUGAUGAUGAUCGUGAUGGUGAUGGUGAUGAUGAUGGUGACGAGAAUGAUGAUGAUGACCAUAAGGAUGGGGAUGCUGAUGAUGAUAAUGGUGAUGAAUAUGAUGCUGAUGGUGAUGAGGAUGAUGUUGACGACGCCGACUGUGACGAUGUUGAUGAUCAUGUUGAUGUUGGUGACGUCAUCGACAAUGAUGAUGAUGACGGUGAUGCUGAUGGUGAUGAUGAUUGUGACGACGAUGAUGAUGAUGACCAUAAUGAUGGGGAUGCUGAUGAUGCUGAUGGUGAUUAUGAUGAUGAUAAUGAUAAAGAUGAUAACGAUGAUGAUGAUGAUGAUUAUAAACAUGAUGAUAAUUUUUAUGAUGAUGAUGGUGACGACGACGCUGAUGACGAAGAUGAUGAUGAUAAUGAUGAUGAUCAUGCUUAUGUUGAUGCAGUUGGUGUUGACGACGAUGGUGAUGAUUCUGACAAAAAUGAUGAUGACGGUCAUGAUGCUGGUGAUAAAGAUGAUGGUAACGAUGAUGAUGAUGAUGAUAAUGAUGGUGUCGCUGAUGGUGAUGAUGAUGAUCAUGAUUAUGUCGAUGAUGAUGAUGAUGAUGAUGGCGGUCGUGAUCCUGAUGGUGAUGAUGAUGGUGAUGAUGAUGACGUUGAUGAUAAUGAUGAUGAUGAUCAUGUUGAUUAUGAUGACGAGGAUGAUGAUGUUGGCGACGACUACGAUGAUGAUGAUUAUAAAGAUGAUAAUGAUGAUGAUGAUCAUGUCGAUGUUGAUGAUGUUGUUGACGACGUUGGUGAUGAUUCUGAUAGAGAUGAUUAUGACGGUGUUGAUGCUGGUGAUGAAGGUGAUGGUAAUGACGAUGAUGAUUAUGAUGGUGAUGAUGAUGACGUUGAUGAUGACGAUGAUGAUGAUGAUGGUGAUGAUGAUGAAGAUGGCGACGAAGACAAGUCGAGGAUAAUGAUAAAGAUGGUGAUGAUGAUGAUGACGAUGAUGAUGAUAUAG